AUGCUAACUUGUCUAGAGAGAGAGGCCAGACAGGCCCGGCAGGAAGCCGACUAUUACAGCGCAGCGGCAUAUAGGCCUAUGCAGACUCCAGAUCUGGUGGAGAAUUUGUGCAUCAUUGCAAUUCGUAAAGAAAAAUCUCGAGAUGCUGCUCGUUCACGUCGUGGGAAAGAAAAUUAUGAAUUUUAUGAAUUGGCCAAGAUGCUUCCCUUGCCAGCUGCAAUUACUAGUCAACUCGAUAAGGCUUCCAUUAUUAGACUUACUAUUAGCUACCUUCGAAUGCGAGAUUUCACAACACAAGGAGAUCCGCCAUGGCAAACUUUGCGAGAAGGACCACCACCGAAUACGUCUGUUUCAGUACUGCAAAAAGAUUUUAAAAUACCGCGUCGGCGGAGUGCCAGUGCGAUAGCAAAUGAAGUUUUUGAACAUAAUCACGGGAGUCAUUUACUGCAGUCACUGGAUGGUUUCCUAUUCAUACUGAACAAUGACGGUAGAUUUCUGUACAUUUCCGAGACAGUCUCCAUAUACUUGGGCCUGUCACAGGUUGAAUUGACGGGCAGUAGCGCAUUUGACUACGUGCAUCCUGGGGACCAUGCUGAAUUAGCCGAACAGCUAGGCAUGAAACUGCCACCGAAAAGUUCCAACUCCAGUGGGGAGGCUGCUAGUGGUAGCGGUGGUAGCGGUAGUGGUAGUACAGCCAGUACGCCAACCGUAUCUUCUCCAAUACCGUUACAAGGAAUGACAAUGACUAUGUCUGCCAACCCACGCUAUGAGCGGUCUUUCUUCCUGCGUCUCAAGUCUACGCUGACCAAAAGAGGUGUGCACAUAAAGUCAUCUGGCUACAAAGUCGUUCAAAUUAGCGGUCGACUCAGACCUAGAAUGAUAUUGACCCACACACAGCGGCAGCCGAUAACAAUUAUUGGUUUUGUUGCACUGGCCCAUGCACUGCCAUCACCUACCAUUAACGAAAUACGUAUAGAAUGUGAUCUGUUUGUCUGUAAGGCCAAUAUGGAUCUGAAAAUCGCCUUUUGUGACUCAAGGAUAAGCCAAUUCAUGGACUUUACUGCAAGUGAUGUUUUAGGAAAGAGCUUUUAUGAUUUCUUACAUGCAGAAGAUAUUGCGGCAAUGAGGGACAGUCAUGCAGAUUUAAUAACCAAAGGACAAGUUGUUACUGGAUACUACAAGUGGCUGACGAAAACCGGUGGUUAUAUUUGGAUGCAAACGAGCUGCACCGUGACAUGUUCCAAGAAUACUAACGACAGGGUAGUAGUAUGUAUCAACUAUAUUCUCAGCCCUGUUGAGUACAAGAAUUGUGUGAUGGAUAUAUCACAGUUACCAAACCGACCCACCGAUGAUACAUCAGAGUCUUCAGAUACUUCAGAAAGUGAAGCUGGCUCAAGCAGUGAUACAGACAAUGAAGAUGUAGAACAGAAGGACAGCUCAAACGACAGUGAAGACAGUGAGCAAGGUAACCAUGGAAACAAAAGAAACAAAGUGACACAGAAUAAUAAACAUGGUUCUCGAAAAGGAAAGAAGAGAGCGAAAGGAGCUCGAAGCAAGAGUAACAAGAAAAGGCGAUACGAAACUCGUCAGUGCGAUGCAGUGGCAGAUAAGAAACACACAGUCAUCACAGACGAGUCAACGGUGCAAUCAGAGACAGCGAAAGAUAGUGAUUCUCUGAGUGUGGAGAGUCCUGUAACAGAAGGAAUGAACUAUAAUGGAACAAAUAUCACUGCAAGUGAUGAACCAAUCAGAAGACAAGGGCAAACAAGAAAGACAGAUGAUAUUACUGAUGUUGAUUCUUGCGAUAGCCAUGUAAGCAGUACUGGAGCUGUUAAUGGUGGCGGUGAUAUAACUUCCAUGCUUGAUGGUGCUAAUUGUUGUACUGAUCAAACCCCUUGCAUUCCGUCCCCACCAUUUGAUUCCAGCUUAGGAGUCAAGUCGGAACAUCAUGAGACUGACUUCCAGUUGGAGAGUUGGGACAACCCACCUAAUCGCGAAAUAACACCGGAGCAAACAACGUUGAUCGAUACUCCUGAUAGUCCAUUUACCCGAAACCACUCUGUAAUGAUACACCGGAAUAUGAGUCAUUCACCGGUCAGCCAAACAACGCUGGGUGCACAAGACAUUCCUAAAAGUCCUUUUCGUAAAACAUCAUCGAUAUCCAGCCCAAGCACGGGGAUUCCAGAAUCUGUUCUGACGCCGCCGGCAACUGAAACAACCAAGUCUGGGUUUAUCCUCCCACCUGUCAGCUCACUGACGGCAUCAGUCAGUACCAUGAUGCAACAACAACAGCAACAUCCUAAUCUAACCCCACCGACAACACUUUCUCCAAUGGAAUUGAUGAAAGACACGUACCAGCACUCAGAGACAGCGACAUCACUUAGCGCUAUCAGCAGUGCCCAUGCCAGUUUGCUACAAAACGCUAAACAAUCUGUCAUCAACAUCCAUCCACACGUACUCACCACUGAUUCAGUAACCACAGCAUAUGCUGGAAUGGCACCCUACGCAAACUAUAGUAAAUAUACAUACUCUCCAUAUGGCGGUAUGAACCUCGCAACACAUCCGGCAUACCAAGGUAACCAUUACACGCAUAUGUCAGCAUACGGCAAUUAUGCUCAUAGUCAAGAGACUCCCAUAGACUUAACAUACGGGAGUGGAUAUGGUUCGGUACAGAUCGUACGGCCUGAAGUCUUACAGAACGCUACAAAACAGUCGUAUCUCAGUGGGUCCAAAUCGCCAUACUCAUCUUUUGUUGAUGCGCGAGAGCAAGUAGGCAAGCUUAAAGCGAGCAGUGAUAUACCGGGUAGCGGACAACAGAAAGUCUGA